GUGCUCAUAUCUCUAACAAUGCACUUGACAAUCCCUUAUUCAUAGAUAAUUUUUGGCUAUAAUGCUACAAUUUAAGACAGAUGGCCAAACUCCUGAUGUUUCUUGCUCUUCGAUCGAUGAGGUUAAAAAUAUAAGAGACAAAUUAAGUUUAAAGGUUUUGAGAACAUUAGAUCAAGACAUUCAAUCUAUAAUUCACAAAACCCCCUUCGUUACGCUUUAUGAAAUGAGCAAUGAACGAUGGACCAGGGCUGGAAUAGAAGGAUUUCUCUACAUUGUUAUGAGAUCCAUUAACCCUAUCUACAGUUUUGUAAUAAUAAAUAAAAAAUCAGAAACGCAUUUAAUCGAACACAUCACUCCCGAAUUCCAAAUGAAUCAUAAUGGGAAUUUUAUUUUUUAUUCAACUGAAAGAAUUAAGGCAGUUUCUCAAAAUAAACUUAAUGGGCUCUGGUUUUUUGAUGAAAAUGAAUGUAAAAAUACAUACGAAAAAAUUUUGAAUAUAACAACAAACUCCGCACCAUUACAUUAUUCUCUGGGUUCCCCUUUAUUAGAUUUGUGUGAUAAUUUGGAUCCAAAAGAUGGCGGAAGUAAUUUUGCUAAUCUCACAAAGAGUACCCAUAGGCAAAAGAUUUUGGAAUCCACGGAAAAAAAUCAUGAAUCCACAAAGUUUAACAUAUUUUCAAGAAUAAUGCCUAAUGCAAACAUUAACGAUACAAGGAAUAUAAAUGUAGCUAACAAGCAGAAUGAAUAUUCUGAAGACGCAAAAACUAACAAGGAAGGUCAGCGUCUCAUUAAUAUGUUGUAUUCAUAUGGAAAGACGGAACAAUUUGAUGUAUCCUCAACACAAAAACUCGAAAUACCUACUAGUAGCAAAAAGAGUACUCCUAAAGCAGAUUCAAAUAUGACUGUCAGCUACAACGAUCUUAAGUCUGCUAUAGGGGAUGUUAUAAAUAGCGAUGAGUUCGCAUCUCUUGUUUGGGAAAGAUUACAGACUAUUUCGUUCAACGCAGAAUCAUACAGUUGAUAUCUUCAUAAAGUUACACGCCACAUAUUAAUAUC